AUGGAGCACAAUCAUAUCUACAACAGCUCUCUCCUGUCUCACAAGUAUGGCUGUGGAUUGGGAUAUGUACCUGUUAUCUACUACAGCCUCUUGCUUUGUCUAGGAUUACCAGCGAACAUUUUGACGGUGAUCAUCUUGUCUCAGCUUGUGGCCAGAAGACAAAAGUCCUCUUACAACUAUCUCUUGGCCUUGGCUGCAGCAGACAUCAUGGUACUGUUCUUUAUUGUGUUUGUGGACUUCCUUCUAGAGGACUUCAUCCUUAAUAAGCAGAUGCCUCAAAUUCUGAACAAGGUGAUUGAAGUUCUGGAGUUUUCUUCCAUACAUACAUCUAUUUGGAUUACAGUCCCAUUAACCAUUGAUAGAUAUAUAGCAGUUUGCCACCCUCUGAAAUAUCACACUGUUUCCUUCCCAGCUCGUACAAGGAAAGUAAUUGUAAGUGUAUACAUCACUUGUUUUUUGACUAGCAUCCCUUACUAUUGGUGGCCCAACAUAUGGACUGAGGAUUACACAAGCACGUCUCUACAUCACAUUCUUAUCUGGAUACAUUGUUUCACAGUCUACUUGGUUCCAUGUUCCAUUUUCUUCGUUCUAAAUUCCAUCAUCGUCUACAAGCUCAGAAGGAAAAGCAACUUUCGUCUUCGAGGGUACUCCACUGGGAAAACAACUGCUAUUUUAUUCACGAUAACAUCCAUCUUUGCCAUCCUUUGGGCACCACGAAUAAUUAUGAUACUCUACCAUCUCUACGUAUCUCCUAUACACAAUAGUUGGCUGGUGCACAUAGUUACGGACAUUGCCAACAUGUUAGCGCUCCUGAACACUGCAAUUAAUUUCUUCCUCUACUGCUUUAUAAGUAAAAGAUUUCGCACAAUGGCCGCCGGGACGCUCAAGGCAUUUUUCAAGUGCCAGAAACAACCAGUUCAGUUUUAUACGAAUUAUAACUUCUCUAUCACCAGUAGCCCUUGGAUUUCACCGGCCAAUUCUCACUGUAUUAAAAUGUUCGUCUAUCAGUACGACAAGAAUGGUAAACCGGUGAAAAUUUCACCAUGA